AUGGUUGCUGACAGAGCAAAUGAAAUUGAUUCAAAGAUUCAUGAGUUAUGGCUUUGCUACUGCCUUUUUCCACUUCCUCACACUCCAGGAAGUGAAGUGAAAAAUCCAGAAAUGUGGCGUGAAAAUUGUGAAAAUGCCAUCAUAUUUCAAGAGUGUUUUCCUCCAUCAACAAUCAUCAUUUUAACAACAACAUCACGAAAUGAACGAGAGAAAGGUAUUCAGAAGACUUAUCUGACAUUGAAGUCAUUUGUGCUGAAAAUGUCCAAGCGCCCAUAUCCAUUUAAUAAAAAAGUCUCUUCAGAGUUGAGACAGUUUUACCGAGAAGAUAUGUAUGGACAGGAAUUGAAAGGAGAAUCACUUAAUCUCGUUCACAUGAAGAUGAAGUUUUCUUAUUUUCUUGAAGAAUUUUCCAAAAUAAGAAGAAACAUAAGAGUUGAAGUUAUCUUUUGA